AUGAGCUUCGCGGUGAGCAAGUGCCCGCCGGUAAUGGUCCGCCCGUCCAUGGAGCCGGCUCUGGGGAAGACGCAAGUGGUGCAGCUCUCGUCCUGGGACAGGAGCUACGUGGGCUUCCAGGUCGCGGCGCUCCUCAUCUUCGACGGCCCCGUCCACCAGCCCGUGGAGGCCGUCAAGAAGGGCCUCUCCCGGGCGCUCGUCCACUACCAGACCGUCGCCGGCCGCCUUGCCGCGGCCGAUGACGACGACGACGACAGCGUUCUCCACGUCGCCUGCACCGGGGAGGGUGUGCCCUUCGUGGCCGCGUCGGCGGGUUGUGCCCUGCAGGACCACGGCCUCCUCGACGCGCCCGUCUCCACGAGUCUCCUUGAUGGGCUCGCCUUGUGCUACGCUGCCGCGGAAGGCUGCCGGCGCACCGACCCGCUGCUGCUCAUGCAGGUCACCGAGUUCGCCUGCGGCGGGUUCACCGUCGGGGUCACGUGGAACCAUACGCUGGCUGAUGGCGACGGCAUGGCGCAGUUCCUGCAGGCCGUCGGCGAGCUCGCCCGCGCUGAAGCCGAUGAUGUCUUGGUGCCGUCCGUUGCACCGGUGAGGGACGGCCGCGCGGUGUGCCUGCCGCUGCUCUCGCCGCCGGUGGUCGCCGCAAAGCAGUGGCUGAUGCUGGACCGCGGCGGCAUGGGCCUCGUCUACCUGGACAUCACCGUCCCGGUCAAGCUCAUCAACCGCAUCAAGUCCGAGUACAAGGCCGCCCACGCCGAUGACGGUGGGUACUGCACGACGUUCGAGGCGGCGGUGGCUGUCCUGUGGAGGUGCCGCACCCGGGCGCUCAUCGGCGGCGAUCCGGACUACGACAUGUCCACGCCGGCGCCGCUGGCCUUCUUCGUGAACGUGCGCAAGCACGUUGGCGCGGCGGCAGGGUACUACGGAAACUGCGCGGUGGCGCAGCUGGCCUUGGCGACGACCGGGGAGGUGGCCGGCGCCGGGGAUGGCGGCAUGAACGAUGUGGUGGACCUGAUCAAGCGCGCCAAGGACCGGGUCCUGGAGCUGCUGCGGAACAUGGGGGGCGGCGGAGGUGCCGUGCCGGAGAUGGGAGAGGAAGAGAUGGCAGCGGCCUUCGGGUACAACGCGCUGAUGGUGACCAGCUGGCGGAACAUCGGCUUCGACCGCGCAGACUUCGGCGGCGGCCCGCCGGCGAGGGUGGUCGGACGGUGGCAGCAGUCGACGGUGCCGGGGUGCAUGGCGUUCCUCUCCUGCAGGGCCACGGCGGCCGACGGCGAGCGGCUGCUGACGCAGUGCGUCAGGGAGGAGCACGCCGCGGCGUUCGUCGCGGAGCUCGACCAGCUCGCACAUGCACAUGCACCGUCGUACGCCUCAGCCCUCAGUAUGCAACUGAUGAACUGA